GGCGCGGCGGCGGCUUCGAAUGCGGCCUGUGGCUCCGGACUCCAGCUUCCGGGCGACCCACCCUGUGCCCCGACCCGGCUCUCUGGGGCGUCUGCCUCCCACUGCUCCUCUGGAGCACAGGCGCCCGGCAUCCGACCCUUCCUCCUGGGACAAGUCCGAGGGCCUCGCGAGCCCCCGCGUGGGCGUCCACUGCGUCAGUGCACCGACCCGAGCCCAUCCUCCGUCGCCAUGACAUGCAGUUUGCAGAAGCUGUUUACUGUGGAAGAGGAGUUUGAAGAUGAGGAUUUCCUGUUGGCGGUGGAGGAUGCGGAGAACCAGCUUGCCAGCUCCCUGCCUGGGAAUGCUGGUCGUGGGAGACCUGUCUCUGCCAGGCUGCAGGAGACCGUGCAGGCCCAGUCCUCCCGACCACUGCUGCUGCCCCCCUCCGCUCUGCCAGAGGCUUGGAGCCAGCCAGCCCGCGGGCUCCGCCUGGCUACCUCCAGCCUGCCUGCAGCCAUCAGGGGGCCAGCUGCUACAGGCACAGUUCCACUGAGGCCUGCCUUGACUUCCAGCAGCUUGACUGGUGAUCGGAGAAGAGUGAUGCGGACAGAAGUGCUUCGAGAGCCAGCGCUGCCCCUGUCUUCCCUCCCCCAUCCCCUGCUCUCCUUUGAGAGCCCCCAGCAGGGCCUUGCCGGCUUGGAGGGGGCAAAACAGGAUGAAUUUGAUAAGGUCCUGGCCAGCGUGGAGCUGGAGGGCCCUGGCAUGGAGCUGGAAUUGGGGGUUAGCAGUGAAGCUGCACGCAUAUUGCCUGCCCAGUCGCGGGAGGACUCAACUUUGGCUAACAAGGCCUGGGGAAAUUCUCCGAGUGGUUCUGGCCUCCAAGGGCCCUGGCCAGCCACCUGUACGGCGGGUGUCACCUUGGCUCAGAAUGAGCCUGUCAACCCUGUUGGCCACUCUAGGACUCCAAGGCCCUGCCUGCGACCUAGUUCUGCAGGUGGCCCUAAUUUCCCAGCUCACUCAGUGACUCCCCCUCAGCAAUGUGCCCGCCAAGUCUGUCCCACAGUAGCCCAGCUUCCCCAUGCGACUGGAGGACCCGGCCAGAACAGCUCUCAGAACCGAUUCCCCAGUCAGUCUCCGAGGCCCUGGUUAAGCAGCAAGCCUCAUCUUCCCAGACCUCAAGGCCCCUCACAGCCUCAAGCUCCGGGACCUUCUAUGGCAUCUCCUGUGGGCCUCCCAAGGGGUCCCCAUUGUUCCCUGGCUCGUCACACAGCUCUGCAAACGCCUAUAGUCACCAACCACCUGGUGCAGCUGGUUACUGCUGCCAGCCGGACACCCAAGCAGCCUGGCCAGCGCUCCACUGGAAUCAAAACCCGCCGCUUCCCUGGCCCGGCAGGGCUGCUGCCUCAUCAGUUUCCUGGGAAAAAUCUGGAGGAGAUCAUGGUAUCUACACCCCAGACUCCGGCUCAUGGGGCGCUGGCUAAAUUCAGGACAGAGAUUGUUACUGGCUCUCAGGCCUCUAUGGAAGAGGAUUUCGGGCGGGGACCCUGGCUGACCAUGAAGUCUACUCUGGGCCUGGAUGAGAAGGAUCCCAGCUGCUUUCUCUGUACCUGCAGCAUUGUCAUGGUGCUGCGCAAGGCAGCCCUGAAGCAGCUCCCCAGAAACAAAGUUCCCCACAUGGCAGUGAUGAUCAAGUCCCUGACUCGUAGCACAAUGGAUGCCAGUGUGGUCUUCAAGGACCCCACAGGAGAGAUGCAGGGGACCCUGCACAGGGUGCUGCUGGAGACACGCCAGAGCGAGCUGAAGCCUGGCUCAGUGCUGCUGCUGAAGCAGAUUGGAGUGUUUUCCCCUUCUCUCCGCAAUCACUACCUCAACGUGACCCCCAACAACCUGGUCCAUAUUUACAGUCCGGAUUCUGGGGAUGGAGACUUCCUCAAGCCCUCCCAGCUCUUCCCCCAGGAUCCGGAAAGCUUCCGGUGUGGACUCCAGCCUGACAUGACCGCAAAGCCUGCGGAAGGCCUGGGAACAGUGCAGGACCCUGGGGCAAGGCGCCCCACUGAGGAUGAGCCCCUAGAGGCAGAUGACCUGGAUGGCUUGCUCAGUGAGCUCCCAGAGGACUUCUUCGCUGGGACCGGCAGCUGGGACUGCUCCAGGACAGGCCAUCCUCCGUGAACAGGCAGCCUCCAGUUCCUGGGCCAGCUCUGAGCACCUGAUGGCAUCUGAAGGAGAAGAGGAGGCCAGCACAUUAAAGGCCGGACCAGAUUGGGGGUUUCUGUGGCGCCUGCACUCAUGGCACUUCACAAGAGCUCCUUCCUGCCAGAUCCAGCGCUGCCCUUAAUGGGAGACUUCCUGUGGCAUUGCUGUACCAGGCCUCUGCCUGAGCCUGGCCCUCAGCUUUCCCCUCCUGCCAGCAAGAAAGGUGUGUCACUUCGGUGUUGCUCUGUUGCACCUGGUUUCCAUGUCCUUUUGCCCCAAGUCCCUGGGAGCUGAAGAGCCAGGAACAGCCAUGGCACAGCCACAGCUGCCCAGCUGCCCUAGCCCAGAGUGCCCGGGCGCAUGGGCAGAGAAAUGGGUUAUCGCACCUUGUUCUGAAAUAAAGCAGCCCCUGCUUCUCAUCCA